UUCUUCAUCUCGCGAGUGGUUGACGCCAAAACUUAAUUAGACACCCUAUGCUGAAUGACUUUGGGUAUAAAACAGACCGAUCGCGCCUCACCAGCAGUCAGAGAUUGGAAGGCAAGACAAUAGUGAAUACAGCAAAAUAUCCUCCAAGAGAUACAAAUCGCGAUCAUGAUGUUCAUCAGAGUCCCAGUUUUCUGUGCCAUCUUCUGCGGGUGCUUGUGGAUUGCCAGUGGAUUGCCGGUGAUUGAUCUCACGGGUGGAACUGUGUCCCUGCCCGCGGAGCCAGUCGGUGACGGCGUGAGCAUCCCACAAUCUGAGCUGUCGCUGGCCGAGCUGGUCUCCGAGCAGAACACCACGGAGAAUGGCACACUCAAGGACCUGUACGUGAUCCGGGCCGUUGUCUACGAGAUUGGAAUCCUCACUGAUGUACCUGAAAAUGAGACAGAUACCGCCACAAAUGAUACUGAGUUGAUUAAUGAACGUGUCGAUCUGACCUUCUUCAACGCCCACAAGAAUGACACACACUUGGAUCUGGGCGAGAUCCCGCUGCCGGUGCAGACAAACGUGAGCGGACAGGUGCUGACAGGCAUCGCUCCGGUGAAUCUGGGCUCUGUGGAUGUGGACCAUCCGGAGGAGAUCCUCGAGACACUCCCCAUCACGGGCACCAUCGUGAACAUCACGAGGAGUGAGUCAUCGAUGUUCGUCAUCAACACACAGAACGUGACAUUUGAGCAGUUGAACACGUACCUGGACGAGGACGACCUCACGAAGAUCCCCGUCGUUAGCAAUGUGAUCCCAGCCAUUGAGAACCUUGAGACGUCCAACAACAUACCGCUCUCGGAAGCUCUGAGUGAUCUUCUGUAGAAUCCAACGCCCGCAUCACACGAUCAUCUUCCAUAGCAUAAUUGUUUUUACAUAUAAAAUUAGCGCGUAAUUCUCUCUUAAAGACUGUUAAUAUGUUAAAUGUACUAUGUAAAUUGAUUACAAAGUCAAAUUAUGUACAGAGACAAAUGUAAAUUGUAAAAAAUAAUGAACAGAACAAUUCUU